CAGCAGCAGAGCAGAGCAGUAAAGUUUUCUUACAACACACCAAGUUCAGUGUGUGUUCUUCGCGUUCGGCUGACUGACUGUUUUGUGGUGUGCUCCGAUCCGCGGCGGUCCCGUACGGUCCUCGGUGUGUGCGGCGGCGGCGGUGAGAAGAAUCACCUCCCCCAGCAGAAGAGGAGAAGGAAAGAGUGAAGAAGCAGGCAGCCGAGCCAGCAGCAGCAGCAGCAGAGCUCUCGGUCUCGGUCGCAGGCAAAAGCAGAAUAAGUAAAAAGACUAAACGCCGUUCUUUUUAAUGGCUGCCUGAAAAUUUGGACUGAAAUUCGAGUGAAAAGUGACUGAAUUGGUGAAGAAUCAUGUUUUAAACGGUGAAUAAAGUGCGGAAAAGUGUUACAGUGAAGUGUUUGAUUGAAUCGAGCCGUUUUUCGACCCGGACCUGGUCCGAUUUGAGGUAAAAGCAUCGAUUUUUGAUCUUGCUUGUAUUUUUUUCCUAUCGGCCCUCCCCGUUCACGGUCGAUUGCUUGGCGAUUAUUAUUGGCGUUCUGCGAAAAAUGCUCAUCGGUGGUGCGUAGCUGCUGGGGCCGCAGGCUGUGCCCGGAUUUGUGCGGAUUUUCCUGCCAACCACUGUAACAGCGGCAAUGGAUUCUCCAUUAGUACAUUAAUCUGCUGCAGUAUUCCAACAAUGGAUAGUGCCAACGGCAAUCAUCCACCGCCCGUCCCCGGUGGGGACAUGAAACCGGACGGCAGUGCUGGAGUUGGGCCUCCUCCCGGGAUGCCACCGAUGCACCCAUCCGGCUAUCAACACUAUGGUUAUGGUGGUCCCCCGCCACCGCCGGGAAUGAUGGACCAUCACGCCAAAGAUCCGUAUUAUCAUCACGCAGCGGCAGCUCGACACUACGAUCCGUAUUCCAUGCACGCUCCCUACCAUUCGUAUCAACAUCCGUAUCAUCAUCAAAGUCCCUACGGGGGUCACUCCUAUCAUCAUCAAGGCUCUUCAGCUUAUCCACAGCCAACAGGAAUGAUUCCACCAGGAGGACCUCCAUCCUCCACUUAUCCCGGAUAUUCCGGGCACACCUCGCAAGGCACUAUUCCACAUCCGACCGCCCCAUCUCUGUUGGGCGGAUCAUCGGCGGUCAUAACAGCUCAGAAGUCUCCUGAAAAACCAGGCUCCGCGAAAAUGGAAUCCGUCACACCGAUCCGGGACGACAAGAACAUGCUUAUCGGUCCUUCCAGUUCCUCCAUUGGACACGACGUCACAGACUGCGGUUCUUCCGGUAUUCCUCCCAAGCGCAAGAUUGAAAUACUGGACAAUGUGUUGAUCAAAAAAUCCAAGCAGGAGUUGGAAGCAGAAACGAAGGAAAAUCGACCGCUUUCCGUGACCGAGACUGCCAGCAGCAUACCGGAACCAUCUCCCGUACCACCACCCCCUACCGAAACCAGUAAAUCAUCCUUCCAAAUAUCAAAUCUAUUGGAAGAAAAACCCAGCAAAACAGAACCAUCGCCAUUAGCAGAGACUCCUAGCACUCCAUCGGAACCUGCUCCAACGGAACAGCCGCCUGAUCCUCCUCCAACCGAGGAUAAGCAACCAACGCCGGACGAACCUCCGAAGGAUGACCCCAAAAGUGAGGAACCAGAACCGGAAGAGGAAACCGAUCCACUGGCGAUUCCAUCGAAGCCGGAAGAGCCCGAGGAACCAGCCGCUUCGACAUCAUCCUCGCCAUCCGAAAAGCAGGAGCAGCAGCAAAUGGAUUUUGACAUCUCCGAGAAACUGAAGGAGAUGGGCGAAAUCAGCGUUAAACCGGUGUCCAAAUCGGACGCAUCCAAUGCCAGCAAGGUCAAGGAGCUGGAAUGCACGGAGGAGAUUUCGCUGGAGAUCACCAAGAAGGAUGCCGCCAUGCGAAAAGUGACCAACAUGCGGAAGAACAUCAAGGAGGUGAUGGACGACAAUCAGCUGGAUGCUUCGACGUUGGCCGCCCAGCGCCAGGAAUUGGAACGUUUGGCCCGAGUGCAGGAACAGCAGCGGAUCAUCCGGGAAGUUCAGCGUCAGCUUGCGCUCGAACGGCAAACCAACAAGACCGAACAGAAAGUGAUGCAGUUCCUGCAGGGGCAUGCUUCCAUCCUGAAGACCCGAGAACAACCGGGAACGUCCACGUCGGUUAAGAUGGGAUACGUGAAAAAUCCUUUCGAAACCAGAGGAAGGCCGCCAAAAGCUCGUCCGGUUCAGGGUAAUUUGACUCCAUCGGUGAGUAUUGCUCCGGUAGCUAAAUCAUCGGGAGCUGCUACUGGAUCGUCAUCCAGUUCUCUAUCGGCGCAGAUUCCAUCGUUUCCGGUGAGGACUUUCGACGAUAUGAUGGACAGCGAUGAAGAUAUGGACGAUGAAGAUGACGAGGAGGAAGACAGUGAAGCGGAAUAUAUACCAGCUCCGGAGAAGAAGGAAGUGGUCACAAUCGAUAGCUCUUCGGAUGACGAUUGCAUUGUGCUAUCGGAUGACGAUGAAGAACCGGAAGACGAUUCGGAUGACGAUCCUCAGAACAGUGGGAUGCAUGUCAACGAUUCGUACAACGUUCCGGAUGACAAGGGGCGAGUGGUGAUUAAUGUAGGCCAUACCGAAAGCGAAGAGGACAUUUUCCUUGCACCGCAGAUUGCCCGGAUCAUUAAACCGCAUCAGAUUGGUGGAGUUCGGUUCCUGUUCGAUAAUAUUAUCGAAUCGAUCGAACGGUAUGAUACCAGCACUGGGUUCGGUUGUAUCCUGGCCCAUUCGAUGGGACUUGGGAAGACCCUUCAGCUGGUUUGCUUCUGUGAUAUAUUUUUAAGGCACACCAACUCAAAAACGGUGCUCAUUAUAAUGCCGAUCAAUACGUUGCAGAACUGGUUAAACGAGUUCAAUACUUGGCUGCCGGAAGAUGCGGAGAAAAGUCCUUUGAAUAACCAUGGAGAGGUGCGACCGCGGAACUUCAAGAUCUUCAUUCUGAACGAUUCUCAUAAAACGCUCAAAUCAAGGGCCAAGGUCGUCCUGGAGUGGGCCAAAUGUGGAGGAGUUUUGCUGAUUGGUUACGAAAUGUACCGAUUGUUGAGUCAGAAGAAAAUGACCAAAAAGAAGAAGAAAAAGAAGAACGAUUCGGCACCGGUGGAGGAAGAGAAGGAAUCAACGGAAGAUCAGAAGAAUAUGUUCGACGAAAUCCACGAAGCGCUGGUCAAGCCAGGCCCGGAUUUGGUGGUGUGCGACGAAGGUCACCGGAUCAAAAAUUCUCACGCUGGCAUUUCGGUAGCGCUGAAACAGAUAAAAUCCAAACGAAGGAUUGUUCUGACCGGGUAUCCCUUGCAAAACAAUCUACUGGAGUACUGGUGCAUGGUGGAUUUCGUUCGUCCCAACUAUCUCGGAACGAAAACGGAAUUCAGCAAUAUGUUUGAACGACCCAUUCAAAACGGGCAGUGUAUUGAUUCCACUCCCCAGGAUAUUAAACUGAUGCGAUACAGAGCUCAUGUAUUGCAUUCACUGCUUUUGGGUUUUGUCCAGAGACGAUCCCAUGCAGUUCUUCAAACUUCGCUUCCACAGAAGGAGGAAUUCGUGUUGUUGAUUCGAAUGACUGAAUUCCAGCGAAAGCUGUACACGAUCUUCAUGAACGAGGUUGUACGAACCAAGGCCGUUCCAAACCCACUGAAAGCAUUUGCCGUUUGCUGUAAGAUUUGGAACCAUCCUGACGUGCUGUACAACUUUUUAAAGCAAAGUGAGAGAGAUCUGGAUUUGGAAAUCGAGGAAGCUGAACCGCCUCCACCUAGCAAAGGGGCAAAUCCGUUAGUAUCUCCUAAGCCAGAACGUCCGCCGCCGCCGCCGAAACCAGCACCUGUGGUGGAAAAGAAGCCAGAAGAAAAGAAGGAGAAAAAGAAACCCGGAAAGAAACCAGCGGCUCCGAAGCCUCCAAAACCGCUUGCUUUGAAAAAAGACGGAACACCCCGUAAACCUAGGACAACUAAGAAGCAACAGCAAGCUCUUAAAAAUCAACAAGCCGUUGGUAAAGACGGUAAACUGGUUCCCGCUGCCACCGUCAGUCCCAGUACGCUAAAUAAGGAUCCUAACGCUCCAGCAGAACUUCCUCAACAACCACCGGCUACGAUUCCAAUGGAUGCAACAGCUGUCAAACAGGAAUAUCCACCUCAAAACAAUUAUCCUCAUCAGCAACCACCAGGUCCUCAACAGCAAGGAAUGUAUCCGGGCUAUCAAAACCAAAAUUAUAAUCAACAAGCUCCUCCACCAGCUGCCCCGUACAACUACAAUCAGGGCAACUACAAUCAAGAUCCAAACGCGUACAAUAACUAUAAUAACCAAUACGGAUCCAAUGAUCCCUACAAUAACAGUAAUUAUGGCAACAACUAUUAUGGCCGUAACGAUUAUAACUACAACCAGGGCUACAAUUACAAUUAUGAUCAAAACUAUCAGAACAACUACAACAAUGGCAACAAUUACCAGAACAACUAUUGGGGCAACAAUAAUUACUACCAGCAACAGCAACCGCAGCAAGCUCCUCAGAACAAUUCCUACAACAAUGGUUACUACGGCAAUACCAAUCAAUAUGGCUAUAUGGAUCAAAACCAACAGCAAUACAACCAGUACGAGCAGAAAUGGGAUCCCAAUCAACCUGCAGCUCCACCGAUGCCAGAUCCCAACCAAACAACCUAUCCACCCAAUCCUCAAGAAGUGGUCCCACCACCACCACCACCGAUGGAUCCCCUUCUAACCCAGCAACAAGCCAAUGCCCAGUACGCCGAUCAGCCGUCGUUGGAAGACCUCAAGGAUCCGGUCAAACCGGUCGAGGUGAAGAUCGAAAAACCCACCGAAAUAGUCGACAUGGACACGAAGAUCAUCACCAAGGUGGAAGAGGACGUCAAACCACCGCCAGCAGCUCUAGUGGCGGAAAUAAAAGAAGAAAUAAAAACCGAAAUCAAACAAGAAUCUCCGGAGGGGAAUGGAAUUGCAGACAAGGGGGAUGAAAAACCUGUUGUUGAUGUGAAGCAAGAAAUUAAGACUGAAGAUGGGGUGAAAACGGAACCAGUGGAGGGAGAAGUGAAAAAGGAAACUGAAGAAACUGUAAAACAAGAGAAGAAGGAAAGCAGUGAUGAAGAGAAGAGUACUGGUGAAACAAAGGGGGAGAUUGACGAAGAAAAGUUGACGGAUGAGUUGCUCAAGAUAGAGGAUGAGUUUAAGGCAAAGGAAGCGAAGGAUAGCGGUAAAGAUGGCAAGGGGACAAAGGAUAAAGACAAGGACAAAGAUAAGGAUAAAGACAAGGACAAGGACGAGAUUCCCUACGAGUGGGCUUUCGAGCUUAUGAAGGGAUACGUUCCGGAUCUGUUGGAGAGCUCUCCGAAAAUGGAGAUCUUCUUUUAUAUUCUGGAGGAGAGCAUCAAACUGGGCGACCGGAUGUUGGUGUUCAGCCAGAGUUUGCUGACGCUGAAUUUGAUCGAGCGGUUCCUGCAGCGGAAUAAGAUUCCCGGAACGGAGAACAACUGGGCCAAGAAUGCGAGCUAUUACCGAUUGGAUGGUUCAACAACUGCACAAGAACGUGAAAAGUUGAUCAAUGAGUUCAACUCGAACCCGAACAUCCACUUGUUCCUGGUGUCGACCCGCGCUGGUUCGCUGGGUAUCAACCUGGUCGGUGCGAAUCGGGUGGUCGUUUUCGACGCCAGUUGGAAUCCCUGUCACGACACGCAAGCCGUGUGCCGCGUGUACCGCUACGGUCAGAAGAAACCGUGCUUCGUGUAUCGUCUGGUGGUGGACAAUUGUUUGGAGAAGAAGAUCUACGAUCGGCAGAUCAACAAACAGGGCAUGAGUGAUCGCAUCGUGGACGAGUGCAAUCCGGAUGCGCAUCUGUCGAUGAAAGAGGUGACCAGUUUGUGCUACGACGACGGCGAAGAUGGCGAAGUGAAGGACUUUAGCGAAGAUAAGGAUAAAUUUAUCGACGUGGUAAUGCAGAAUCUGUUGGAACUUUAUUCCAAGAAGCUUACAAAGUCACCGUUUGCUCACGAAAGUUUGCUGAUUGAUCGCAAGGAGAAGAAGUUGUCUUCGGCGGAGAAAAGGCAAGCUCAGCGAGGGUACGAAUUAGAAAAACAAGCGGCCACCAAGCCCAGUUAUUCGUACACAUCAAUGGGAACGACUUACAGAGCUAUCCGAACUCCGGAUGGCUCGAUCAUUCAUCGUCCUGUUGCUUCGGUUCGACCAAUGCAGGCAGAUGGUGCCGGGAAGAACUCGGUUGGUGGCGGUAGACAGACUAGAUGGAUACCGGCCGAAGUUUGGCAACGGCAGGGCAUGACAGCCCAGGAAAUGACUCUUCCUAUUGAUGUGGUAAUACCAACCAGUUCAGCGGACAAAUCCAAUAUCGUGUUGAAGGCUGGACAGAAAGUGAUGGUUUUGAAGUCACCCAAAGGGAUUUAUAUGCAGUUGGAAACGGGAAAGAUCAUUGCUAUAAGAACUGCCUUCAAAGUCGGGCAAGGUAAGGAUGCUGGAAAGGGUGGUGCUAACGCUGCGGCGGGUGGUGGACGAAAGCCCGGUGCCGCAUCGACUGCCACGAAGACUUCCCCUGCUUCGAAGGACGGGGGCAACUCGCAUAGUAUUCCCUCCAACUCGGAUGAUGAGGAUAAAUCCGAUUCCAGCAUAGUUCCACUCGAUCCAGACGAUAAGGAUGGAUUGAACAUGGAUGAUUAUCCAGAGAAGGAGGAUAUUUUGGAUUGUGAACUGAAGAGUGAUGAACUGGAAGAAGGUGAAAUUCGAGACGGUUUGGUGGGUGGUAAAGGUGGCACAGUAUCUCUUUUGAAUGUUGCGGCUUAUACAAACGCUUCGUCAGGACCUUCUAAAGAUAAAGGCUCAAAAUUCCCUAUGAUACAGUCGGCUUACUCGUUGGCUCCACAAGCACAAGAAGGCCAUGGCAAAAAAUUCCAACCAGGUGAUGUUCCUAAGCAAAAACGCCAGCAAACACCACCAGCGACAGUAACAAUCGAAGACGAGAUUCCUCCGUUGCGAGAAAAGGUCGUGUAUAAGCCGAAUCUCGUCGAGAGAAAAUCGAAAGUUCCACAAUCUUCAUUAAAAAAUUAUAGGCAUAAGGCAGGAAAAGCUCCAGAAACUGCUGCAGGCAAAUCAAGCACUGCAAAACAAGCCACCAAUACUGCUCCUGCUGGUCAGGCCCAUGUAUCAAUGGAUUCUCAAACAAGUAGUGGCAGUGAUGUUCCAUCGCCACAGAUUCCGGCAUCGCCAGCAGCAGUUUCCGAUCCUUCCCAAGCAUACCCAGCAAUGGGUCGUCAAGGGCCACCUAAUCAGCCCCAACCUGCCCAACAAACAGCAACAACUAGUCCUCAACAGCAGCAGCAACACUAUCCACACUCAUCCAGCUACCCCUCACAGCCUCACCAGCAGAACUCCUACGGUGUGCCAAACUCCCCCUCCACUGCCACCAACAAAAGUCCUAUUUUGCAUCAGCCUCAGCAUAUGCAUUCAUCAUCCUACGGUGGAUCUCCCAAGCAACAUCAACAACAAUCAGCGCAGCCGCCUACUUGGAAUCCAUACACCAGUGGCAACCCUUCCGCCUACUAUAGCCAGCAAUCUCAUGCUGCUCCUCCUCCUCCACCUCCUUCUCAAUACGAAUCGAGCCUCAACUUCCUGGAGAAAACAACCUCGGCCAUCAUCAAUAACCAAAACCAGAGCGAGUUCCAAACGUCUCUCAGCAACAUUACCCGUUCGCCCACACCCACUGACAAUUUCAUGGACUAUCAGCCGAAGGCAACUCCCACCGGAAAGAAAUCCGCCGCCCCCAAGAAGCCCCCCAAGCAGCCCAAGAAUGACUACAACGCCGCCAAGAAAGCCCUCAACAAGCGCAACAAUCCGUCACCCUAUCUUCCGGUGUCAUGUUCCUCGGCAUCGUCAUCCCCGUCGCCGUCGCCUGCUGUGAUGAAUCACAGCCAGAACAGCAACAGCAGCUCGCUCAGUGGUACCCCCACUCCGGUACCCCAGCAACAACAACAGCCAAAUGCGGCUUCCGCAGCCGGGUCCUUUGCGGCCGGUUAUCCUCCCGUUUCGAACAGCACCGGUGGAGGAAGCACAGGCUACUACGAUCAGUAUUCGCAGCACCAGCAGCAACAAUCAGCGAUGCCAGCUGGGGCUCCUCUAGCUUCGGGCCUGUAUGAUGGGCACGGUUCGGCGAUGAACCCCCAGCAAGCACCGUACGCAGGCCCGCCCGUGUCAUCGUCCUACGGUGGCUCAUCGUACACAUCAAGUAACAGCACAAAUACAUCUGUGAAUCGUUCAAACUAUUACCAAUCGCCACCAGCUUCGGUGUCGACCGCCAACACUGUAAUGUCCUCAUCAACGGUGUCAACCGAUUCAUCUAGUUACUAUCACCAGCAGCAACAGCAGCAAUCGACAACGGCUCAGCCCAACCAGGUAAGAAGUCAUUCCCGUGGAUCUUCAUCCCACGGUUACGCGCCUCCGCAGCAGCCACCAGCAGUAGCUACGGCACAUCAGCCGAACCAGCACCACCAUCAAAACUAUCAGGCCUCCCCGGCGGCAACGGUCAGCCCAACUGACGCAAGCUACCAACAAUCUUCGGCCAGUCCUUCCACUUUCGCUCCAUACUCCUCUUAUAACAGCACUGCUCCGAGCAGUGCUCCGGCUACCACCCAAGCGGUAAGCUCCAAUGGAUCCGCCUUCCAUCGUCCGGAAAGUGCUGCUCCAAUAGGCAAUGCCGCUGGAACCGCUACCGGUAGUUUUGAAAGCCCUCCCACUUACAUCCCGGAUAACGGCGCCAAUCCCUAUCAGUAUCCCUAUCAGACGCCCGGCUAUCAAUCCCAGGGCUACUACCCUCCCCCGGCGUAUCCUUACUAUCCGGCGGCGGCCCCGGGUGCUCCGUACUCGUCCGGUGAUUCCCAGUAUCAUUCGUAUCCACCGCCGCCGCCACCUUCCAACUACAACUAUCCCCCGUAUCCUAGUCAACCUGGCGUCGGACAGUGGCAGUAAGCUGCGCGUGCUGGCAUAUACGAUAUGGCGACCGUUGUAAAGUACAUAGAAUCUACUGUUAGGUGUUAGGUAUCAUCGCACGGCCGAACUUUGUAGGCUUUGAAGGCCUUCCGGCUUAUUUCUUGCGAUGAUAUUAAAAAAUUAGGAGGUCACGUCUGUUGAUAUUGCUUUUUGCAUGGCUCCUAUAUUUUUUUUUUGUUUUUCCGCGAAAAGCAAACUGCUUUGGAUGCUUCCUGUUCCUUUAAGUUAUGAUGAAGAGCCAAAAGGCAAAUGUUUACUAAGUAAAACAUGAAAUGCAUGUGGAUAUACAGCUAAAUGUGUAGAAUGCUCUCUAUUUUUUUUUGUAAAACAUUUUUCAAGCAAAAUAUUUUUAUUUUCCUAGAUUUUUUAAUAUAUUCUAUCGUGAAUAAACCACAUGUUCCUAUACUUAGAAAAGAUAACAGAAAAUAAAAAAAAUGCAUUUGAAAAAAGAAACUACAUCAUUAUGAAAAGAAAGUUUUCCAACGCUAAACAGUAGUGACAAAGAAGGUUUGAUAAGCAGCAGCUGCGAUUGGUAAUAGAAUUUGCGCUCCAGUGACAACCACAUUUAGGCAACCUACUAAAUACAUAAAUCAUUUCAGUGUAACUCACAAACACUGAACAAAUCCGGUUAGAAAAAAAAAACUUGCGAUAGUUGCAACAAACUGUAGAAAGACUUUGAUGUAUCGCUUUUGAAGGAUUCGAGGUAUGUGGAAUUAUUAGUUCUUUUUCGAUAGUGAGUCGUACAGGUUUUAUGUUUUUGACUUGAAAUACUUGAUACGGGUGGUAAGCAUGAUUUUGUGCGAAAGUUUUCAACAAAAUUUCUGUUAAAGUGCAGAUGGGACUAACUUGCGGUUCAUGGCAGUGUAAGUUCCUCCACUACAUGAUGACCCUGAUAAACUUCCUACAAUUGGUCACCAACAUUUCAAAAUGGUGUAACUGUUUUUUUUAAACAAUACCUUCUUCAAAUGCUGUGGAUCGUAUUUCUUACUUUCCACUCAACCCACCACCACUAUCAGAAAAAAGAUAGUUUUCUCUGCCUGGUCAUGAUUGUGGAUUGCGUGGUUAAAACAAAACUUAUUUGUACAAAUCAAGUAUUCAGCCAAUUCAACCGUGCUUGUGUUUAAUCUAGGGUGACAAAGGGUAUUAUCGGCAGGUUUGUUCUCUUCGUCAUGGGGGAUUUUUGUGGGCCGAAUCGCCUGAAAUUUGGGCAUAUAACUCAGCUUGGUUGGGAAGGAUUUGAGGCCAACUUUGAGAUCAACAGGUUAAAAAAAACUCCAUGGCGAAGAGAACAAAACUGCAGAAAAUACGUGAGUUGCCCUAUUUAAUUUGUAUCGACCUACUUUCAAUUUUUCGAGGUCGAUACGUCACUACUGUAAAUGUGAAAUUACGGCGAUCCUUUUUGUUUACUUUUGCAAUCUAUCGCCAAUUUUGUUAAGAUUUACACAGCAAAAACAUCUUUGUUGGAGUAACACGAGGAACACUCAUCGGCAAGUAUUUCAAGUCAACAAAACUGUAAUCUUCAUUAUAAUUUUGGCUACAUUCUUUUUCUAAUCUAUUAAUUUGUGCUGUCUUGUGAUGACUUCUAUGAAUUUCGUUGAUACAUUGAACAUAAAAUGAAACUCUUCCCUAUCUAAAACAGUGCAAUCUAUUUUUGUUGAUAUUCAAUAUAUGUAAAAUUUAUUUAAUGCUGUUUAUUUUUUUGCAUAGAUAUUUAUACGCAAAAAGCCAACAUAGGACUUGUGCUGUAACUAAGCACAAUAAAUAAAUGAAUAACAUUUAAUAAAAAAAAAAUAGAAUGAUGGAUAAUACGCUAAUUGUCGACUGUUAAAAAUUAACUAAAACAUUCAGGAACAGGAAUAAUAAUAAUAUCGGCUUUGCUUCAAAGUAGUUGCAACAAACAAGUCAAACACUAUUCCUAAAUGAUCAACAGCAGACAUAAACUACCGAUAUAGCCAAACUAGCAAUGAGUGUUUUAUCCUAAAAGCAUUUUAUCUACGAUCAUACAUGAACGUAUUGACAUGAAUCAGCAGUGUUAAGAAUUUUGCCGUACGCACUAUUAUUUAUUAUCAAUCUCUCCCUAUACAACAACCGCACGCUGCCCCCGAACAGCAUUGUAAGCAACGCAUUUACCACCAGCUAUCCGCAAGUCGUUUUAGGAAUCCCAAUUACACACCUAGUAGUUAUUCAUAAGUAGGAUUUGCUGAAUGUUCGCGAAAACCGGUGCAAAUAGGUGAACCGCCGGGUCGUCGUUUUUCAUCCUUUUCUCCUAUCAGUAGGUUUAUUGAAUGACUACCAAAACAGAUUUGCAUGAACAGUUAUAAUACGGUACACAAACACUACCACCAUACACAUUCAUAUGCCAGUUUACGCACGUAUCUUUUCUAUCGCGAGGGCGGUGCAGCCCUUACGAUCCUUUGAAAUGUUAUGACUGAUUUGAAAUUUAGUAGUAGACAAACUUAACAACGAUUACGGUUGACAAUUGGGUUUUUGUGCGGUAUGCUAUCGUAUCGGUUCCAUUCCUGCUGAGAUCGGAAAUAAAAUCAGUUAGAUUUGUACAUUAAUUACUCGCGAUCGUUUCGUUUGUGGGAAAUUUGUUCCGGGUACCUACAUACUGUGUAGCUUUUUGUUUGUAUAAAAAAUGAGUCGAAUUUUUCUUCCACUCUUGUUUUACUGUAUAGUUUUUAAUCGUUUCAACCCCGCGCUAAUUCUUAAGUCAGUACUAGAAGUAGGUAUGUAUUCAAUGUUGAGUAACCAUGUAGACAUGAAUUGUGGUUUUCGAGUUGGGAAGUAUGGUAUGAGGGGCGUGUCCCCUUUUAUGGAAUGAUUGUAUGUCAUGUGAAAAUUGUGCAGGAUAUUGUACGAUAAUUUUAAUCAAUGCGGUAUAAAUUAGAAUGAUAUCGACUAUGAUAAUACUAACACGAUACUAGCGUAAUGUAUGAACCGUAAUACAAAGUAUUUGAAAAAUUAAAA